AUGGGUAAUGGAUAUCAUCAGAGUCAUCUUCAUCACCAAAACUUCCAUAACAGAAGCACUUUCUUGCCGACUUUGUGCCGAGUAUCGAUCAAAGACAUAAAGCUCUCGAGAGCACAUUCAUCCUCCUCCGAUGACCCUUCAUCCCCAAGAGUCAGCUGCAUGGGCCAGGUCAAGAGAAACAACAAAGUCAAUGGCUUCCCAACUCCAUACAAAUUCCACUCUCCAACUUCCACCACCACCAAAGCUCAUCCUCACAACCACCACAUGAAAUACACAAAGCUCAAGAGGCUGCUUUCUGGCAAAAACCUAACUGCCACCACCACCACUGCCCCCGCCGCCGCCAUCGCCACUAGUAGCGGUUGUAAUAGCAGAAGAGGCAUGAUUAUAUGUGAUACUAGAAGGCCCAGGUUCAAUUAUCAUAAUAAUGUCCCAGUCAACAUUGUUGAAUUGGAUCCGCCUUUGCCGGUGGUCCGAAGGGUGGAGCCUCCGGCCACUGGCCGUGAUGAAGGUAAUCUAUGGAAGAGAAGAUCUGGUAAGAUGGCAUUGAAAGGUUUACAGAUUGAACAAAUUAAUGUACCUGACAAUCAGUACUUACCACCAGCAUCCAUAUGA